ACCUGCCCAUUUCAGCCGGCACGGAGCGUGUCAUUCGAAGGGGAUGAGGGUACGAAUCUUGUCGCAGAAGAACAUUAAAAAACAUGGCAAGCUGUGUGAUUGAACGAAGAAAGGGUUGAAAGCAUCAUCCCGACCAGAAUGCGGAAAGCUCUCUGCUGCAUCGCUGCCGACCAAUCGCAGCCCGGCGCACUGCUUGAAUGAAUUGGUUGUAAAUAAAUUGGCGGGUUGGGCUCCGCCCCUUUCGAGAUUUUCUCUUCUCUUUGCUUUCUGGCGUGCUUCGCAAGCUUUGAAUUUGUGUAAUGGGCCUCGAUGUGUGUUGGUGUCGACCGGGGCCGGGUGUUUGCGUGUGUUGGAGCACCCUGCCAGGCCCAUGUAGUUGCUUUUUAUUAUGUGACCAGGCGUCGGUGAACGUGGAACGGCAUUUUCUACGUGCGUGUAAUCUACGGGCCCCGUCUUCGUGUAAAGUGUUAAAAGCGUUGCUUGUUGUUGUUGUUUCGUUUUGUUUUUGCCGUUCCGGGCGGUCAGGGUGCUAAGCGAAGCAUGAACAAAAACACCCGACGUGAACAAAUUAAGCUGUUUGCAGCGGCAUGAAAGCGCCCCCUCGCGGUUUCCAACGAACGCUUCAGGUGAAUGUUUCGCGACCGGUGCAGAAUAGCUGUCGUCAUUAGCGCAAUGUGGCUUUCUAGGAAAAUCUGGCCCCAAGUGAUGAUCGGUUCAGAGGAAAUUUCAAUCAGUGAUUUACCGGAAACGAUACGACAACAGUGAAAGAUCCCACGGUGUUUUUCUAUUUAGAGUGCGAAAAAUGAUGCCACUGGCGCCAACUUCAGUCAUGGCCAUGCCUACGCAGAAACCCCGAAUCGGGUUCAGUAUCGAAUCUAUCGUGGGCGGAAAUCGGAUGAGCAAGUCUCCACCGCCGCCGCAUUUUUCCCCAAACAGUGAAAGUUCCGAGCGACCUAGCAGUCCAUUUAGUGAUAAUAGUUACCCUAGUGAUUUCCCCCCGGGACAUCUUCGGUUCCCACAAACCGCCGCGGAUCUCCAACGUGCCCUCCGAAUACCCAGGGAAAGUUGUUCCCCCAGUGAGUACCAUUCGCGGAUACAACGGUUAAACCACAGUUCCUCGCCUCCGGUCGACCUAAAUCGCAACAACCGACAUCCGGAUUCCCCCGCAGAAUGUCAGGACCUGUCCCAGACAAGAAGCCCACCUCUUCAACAAACCCGACUAACUCCGGAGGACCGUACGUCUCCGACUCCGUCUCCUCAACCGCCAACCGCAGCCAACAAACCAAUCGUGGUUCCUGGCAUCCCGGCGGGAUUGGUCCGUCCCUUUCCCGUAGCACCUCCGAACCACUUAAAUGACCUCAAGCCCCCACUUCCGCAUCCACCGUUCCUAAACCCGCAGGAAAUGGCUAACCUGCACAACCAGCACCUCCUGGCGGCCCAGUUCCAAGCGGCCGCAGCGCUGGCCCACGCCCAAGGAUUCGCACCGGGCCAUCCGCAUCCGCAUCAUCCGAUGCACCAUCCCGGGACGAACAUUCCUCGCGACAGUUACCCGCUGUACCCGUGGCUGUUGAGUCGUCACGGUCGCAAUGUGUUCCCGCCACGAUUUCCUGGAAGUUACCUCCUCCCAUUCCGGAAGCCAAAGCGCGUGCGCACGGCAUUUUCGCCCACGCAACUCCUCAAGCUGGAGCAUGCCUUCGAAAACAACCACUACGUGGUGGGAGCAGAACGAAAAUCUCUUGCUCAAGCACUGGGCCUCACAGAAACUCAGGUAAAAGUGUGGUUCCAAAACCGUCGGACGAAGCACAAACGGAUGCAGCAGGAAGAGGACGCCAAGUCGGGCGACGGUAGCGGCAGCGGCAAUGGCACCGGUGGUAAUGGUAAUCGUUCCUCGAGUCCCGGAGCUCCGUACGAUGACGACGAAGAUGACGAAGAACUGAUCGACAUGGAGAUGGAUGAUUGUCCUAGUGACGAGGAACAGGAGCUGCUGCAACAUCAACAGCAACAGCAUCACCUUCAUCAGCAGCAGCAACAACAACAGCAGCAGCACCAAUUUUCACUGCAUUCGCAGCUGGCCCAGCAGCACCGGGCAUGAGAUUCAGUUCAAGAACGAUUGCUUCGGAUGAUCGUUCUUGAAUGAAUCGCCACGCCGCCAUGAGGGUAGGAGAAUAGAUCAAUCGAAGAUUCCCAUUUCACACGAAUCGAAAGUUCCUAACGGCUAGGAUUUAGACAUCCAAGGGGCAUUUGAAGACAGUGGCUCGGUGCCAAGCUUGGGAGGGAAAUGAAACCGUGCGAAUCGAGUGCCAAACAGCAACUUUUUCAGCAGCCAGUAGCUGAAUUUAGGGUGCGAAUUGUUCGUGGAAGGAAACCCGUAUACCUAGAUUAUUUAUUAUUUAUUUGUCAUCGAGAGUUUGCACCCGUUAACGGGAGCGCGUUGAGCAAGCAAGCGUCUGUAAAUAGUUCUCUGUACAUACCUGUUUAGUAACCGGGCGUAAUUAGGCUAUCCUUAAAAGAUCAUGUCGAACACAAUAACCAGGAAUCAAUUGGGGUAGAGUGAAUAGCAAGUGAAUAAUUGGCCGAUAAUUGGUUCGGGCAGUGAAUGGGAGGGUUGAAUUACGGCUAUUGAACGUCGGUAUCUAGGUAUUGCUGUCAAUUACAGUAGGAAAAUUGCGACAGUGGAAUGUUUUAACUGGGUUGGAGAAGCUGAAGGCGAAUUGAAUUAUGAGAGAGUUGGGUAUAACUGGGUAGACUGUAUUGAAAUUAUACUAUAAAUAUU